AUGUUGGGUUUUAGGAAUUUGAUUUUGUUAUUAUCAGGCUUUCACUACAUCGCUUCUAUUGAUAUCACCGAGAAUACAUUCACCACUAACCAAGGAGCUACACAAUGGGGUGCCUCAAGCGUUGCAGCAGGUGUGUUUUGGGCCAUCACUCAAGAUGGAAAUGUGGAUUUCAACGGGAAUUUGAUUCUUCAAGGGGAUUUAUUCAUCAGAGGUACUCCCGAGCUAUUAGGAUUCACCAUCACUGUUUCUGAUCUUUUAGCUACCACUUUAGUUAAUGGGAAGUGGAUUAUAGAUUCGAGAGGAACAAAUUACUACCCUUAUUAUAGGGUUGUUUCCCAGACUUUUCAAAACAAUGGUCAAAUUUACUGGAUAGGAAGUGAUUGGUAUGGAGCUCCUUAUAUGGAAAUCGGAUCUGCAAAUUGGGAUAACACUGGUUCCAUCAAAUUUGAAGAUGAUGAUUACACUAGCGGUGUAGUUCAUUUGGGUCUGUUAGCUGGUUCGAUAACCAAUGAUGGUUCCAUAUGUAUUGUUCGUAUGGAUUAUACCCAAGAGAAUACCAUUGCUGGGGAUGGUUGCUUUGAUAUUGGUAAUGAUGGGGUAGUAGUGUUUGGAGAUGGUUUUGAUAAUGCCGGUCAAAAUAUUUACUUUUCUGAUGACGGUGGUAGUUUAACGGUCACUUUGGAUUCAGUAAAUCGAGAUCUUCUGGUCUUUGGUUUCGGUGGUACCAAUACAAUAGGAUUGAACCAGGCUAUUGAUUCGUUUGAUUAUGAUACGGACUCAGGAAUCUUAACCUUGGUGUCUUCAGGAACUUCAUUCAAUUUUGAUAUUGGUGUUGGUUAUGAUGAAGCGUUAUUCACCCAGGUCAGUUCGAGAUUACCUACUGGCCAAACAGUAGAUAAUGGAGGAAUUCAAUAUUCGGGCGAGCCAGUGAAUGAUACUAGACCUAAUAAUUGUGUCGGAUGUCCUGACGAUCCUGUUUUCCCUGAAGAGAAUACUAGUUCAGAGGAAAGUUCAAGUAGCUCAGAAGAAAGCUCGAGUAGCUCAGAGGAAAGUUCAAGUAGCUCAGAAGAAAGCUCGAGUAGCUCAGAGGAAAGUUCAAGUAGUUCAGAGGAAAGUUCGAGUAGUUCAGAAGAAAGUUCAAGUAGUUCAGAGGAAAGUUCAAGUAGUUCAGAGGAAAGCUCGAGUAGUUCAGAAGAAAGUUCAAGUAGUUCAGAGGAAAGUUCAAGUAGUUCAGAAGAAAGUUCAAGUAGCUCAGAAGAAAGCUCGAGUAGUUCAGAGGAAAGUUCAAGUAGCUCAGAAGAAAGCUCGAGUAGCUCAGAGGAAAGUUCAAGUAGCUCAGAAGAAAGCUCGAGUAGCUCAGAGGAAAGUUCAAGUAGUUCAGAGGAAAGUUCGAGUAGUUCAGAAGAAAGUUCAAGUAGUUCAGAGGAAAGUUCAAGUAGUUCAGAGGAAAGCUCGAGUAGUUCAGAAGAAAGUUCAAGUAGUUCAGAGGAAAGUUCAAGUAGUUCAGAAGAAAGUUCAAGUAGCUCAGAAGAAAGCUCGAGUAGUUCAGAGGAAAGUUCAAGUAGCUCAGAAGAAAGCUCGAGUAGCUCAGAGGAAAGUUCAAGUAGUUCAGAGGAAAGCUCGAGUAGCUCAGAAGAAAGUUCAACUAGCUCAGAAGAAAGCUCGAGUAGCUCAGAAGAAAGUUCAAGCUCUGAUAAAUCCAGUUCAAGCUCAGAAGGGUCGAGUUCGGCCUCAGAGGGAUCAAGUUGGAUUUCAGAAGUGCCUAGCUCCAGUUCAGAAGUACCGAGCUCAAGCUCUGGAGGGUCGAGCUUUGAAGAAUCCAGCUCUAGCUUUGAAGUGUCGUCCUCAAGAUCCAGUUCUCAAGAGCCAAGCUCGAACUCAGAAGCUUCGAGCUCGGGAACAUCAAGUUCGAGUUUGGAAGAGUCUAGUUCAAGUCUGGAAGAGUCCAGUUCGAGUUCAGAAGAGUCCAGUUCGAGUUCAGAAGACUCUAGUUCGAGUUCAGAAGAACCAAGCUCGGAAAGAUGGAGUUCAACCUCUGGAGUGCCGGAUUCAAGCUUUGAACAAUCGAGUUCCAACAUGGAAUCAUCAGAAUCUUCACGAGUGGUCACUUCAACACCUUCUGAAUCCUCAGCUUCUUCGAAUGUUACAGAAACGACCGUCGAAUCCUCUUCAAGCAUGGUGGAUUUCAGCUCCAAUUCAGAACCAUCUGAAAGCUCAGAGCGUGGUUCAAGUUCACAAGCGGCUUCAUCUGAAUCAUAUGAAAGCACAGAGAAUACGAGUUCAGAGACACCCAUUCCUACCGAUUCUUCAUGGUCUUCGUACAUAUCAACUUCUGCCGACCCUGUGUGUCCCGAAUGUUCUUCCACCUCCUCGUGCCCAGAUUGCAUUCCUUGCUCCGAUUGUUCAGCUGAGCCUACUGAUACUACUACUGAUACUACCACUGGUACCACUACUGAUACAAAGACUAGUACAACCACCAACACAGAUUGCCCUGAAUGCACAGAGUUUACCACCAGCUUUACUUCAACCAUGACUGAUGGAGAAAUCAUCACCGGUGAUAUUGAAGUGAUUGUGACCACUUCUAAUGGGGUGUUGACUACUAAAUCCACCACCAGAGAUGAAAAAUGUGUUAAUUGUAUCACGGGAAUUUCCACAACUAUUAUCACUGUUACUUCUUGUUCAGAUGGUGGUUGUACUGAGAGUCCUAUCAUCACAGGAUUGACCACCAUAACAGAAGACUCCACCACUUUUACCACUUUUUGUCCUUUGACAACCGAAAUACCCCCCAGUGUCUCAACUACGGUAUUGUUCAUAAGUUCAUGUGUCAAGGAUGUGUGUGGACAUCAAGCUGUGACAUCUGGAUUCACUAUUGUAUCUGAGGAAAGCACAACAAUUACUAAAUUUUUCCCCAUCGAAUCGAAUAUUCAACCAUGGGCUAGGUCUUCCACGAAGAUACCAUCGCUGAAUACAAUUGUUCCACAAUCAGUUUCUACGAUUUCAUCACCGGCAACCGCUUCAAUACCACCCAAUACAGUCUCACAAGUGGGAUCAGCCUCUAAAUUGAUGUUGCCAUUAUUACCGUUGUUUGCUUUCAUGUUGUUAUAG